UCCCCUUAGUAUUCCCGAACCCUAAGCCAUUUUUCUUUCCCUCUCCUCGUACAAUCUCUUCACAUGGAUGCCGCCUCCUUUGGAUCUUCCUCCACGACACGACGGUGUACUCUCCUCUCCACGACUUGUAAUUUUCACUCUUGAUUGCAGUGAGGUCAGGGCAACUAGCUCUCUCGCACCAAAGAUUGGCCCUUUGGGUCUCUCCUCGAAGAAGAUCAGAGAGGACAUAGCCAAGGAGACUGGCAAAGACUGGAAGGGCAUUCGAGUCACUGCCAAGCUCACCGUCCAGAAUCGCCAGGCCAAAGUCAUCGUCGUCCCCUCUGCCGUGACCCUAAUCAUCAAGGCCCUCAAGGAGCACGAGCGUGAUCGCAAGAAGACCAAGAACAUCAAUCAUAACGGAAAUAUCUCACUGGGCAAUGUUAUCGAGAUCGCCAGGGUGAUGCGCCCCAGGUCUAUGGCCAAGGACCUCUCUGACACUGUCAAGGAGAUUCUCGGAACUUGCGUGUCUAUAGGCUGCACCGUCGACGACAAGGGCCCCAAGGACCUUCAGCAGGAUAUCUCCGAUGGUGAAGUAGAGGCUAAAGAUGGGGCAUUCACUGAAGAACCUGGCUCUGGUGUAGUAGCUAUAAUUGAAAAAAAUGAAGGUUUCUAUUGGGACUUUAAGCUGGGUCAGAAGGUGCUUUAUGAAGUUAAACCAGAGAUGAAAAACAGAUUCAUCUCUGAACUUCAAAAAGAGAAACAAAUUGUUGCUAUGGUUGGUGAUGGUAUUAAUGAUGUCGCUGCCUUGGCUUCAGCAGAUGUUGAUAUUGUAAUGGGUGAAGGUGUUGGUGUAGCUAGUGAUGUAUCUUCAGUUGUGCUUUUGGGCAAUAAAUUGUCACAGGUACGUAACUCAGGGGCAAUUCAUGAGGAUUGGGAUUUUUGAUGGAAGGUGUGAGCUUUGUUUAGUUUCUAGAUUGCCUUGCUAAUGCGAAGAAGCCAUAUGGCAAACAUCAUAAUGGAAAACAUGCGAUUUAUGGUUUGAUGCUACUAAGUUUGAUGAGUACAACUCUUUUUUAUAUAUUUUAGUUGGCAUAUUUUGGAUUUCGAUUACACAA